GCCGGCACCCGCGGCGGCUGGGAGACGGUCCUGGGCCUGCAGGAGUGCGGGCCCAGCAGCCGCUUCGGCUGGCGGCUCGAAAGCCCGACGGGGAAAAAGUACACCCACGUGCGGCUCAACAUGUACCCGGACGGCGGCAUCGCGCGCUUCCGCCUCUUCGGCCGCGCCGCCCCCGUUUUCCCCGCCGACCCGGCCGCCGUCCUGGACCUGGCCGCGGCCCAGAACGGCGGCGUGGCCGUGUCGUGCAGCGACCAGCACUUUGGCACAAAGGACAACCUGCUCCUGCCCGGCCGCGGUAAGGACAUGGGCGACGGCUGGGAGACGGCCAGGUCUAGGACCAAGGGCCACGUCGACUGGGCGGUCGUCAAGCUGGGCGCGCCGGCCGUCGUCCAGCAGGUCGUCGUCGACACCGCCUUCUUCCGCGGCAACUUCCCGCAGCAGGUCAGGGUCGAGGCCAUUAGGUGGGCUGGGCCCGACGCCGACGCCCAGGUCGCGCCCGACGCCGAGGGCUGGGUCCAGAUCGUGGCCGCCUCAAAGUGCGGGCCCGACCAGGAGCACACCUUCGAGUCGCUGGUCAAGGACGGCGUCUUCACCCACGUCAAGCUGGUCAUGAUCCCGGACGGAGGCGUCAAGCGCCUGCGCGUCCUGGGAAGGAGAGCCGUCUGAGCGGGCGCCGAGGUUAUUCUAGCUGUCUUGAUUCAAGUAGUAUAGGGGCAGAGGUAGCUCACGAAUCUCGUAUAACUUGCCCACAAUGCUCCGUCUUGACCUGUCUUGCAUCCCAUAAUCAUGGUGGU